AUGCUGCCACAAAAGACGUUGAUACCUGCAAGACAACGAGAUGGUGGUACUGAAUCAAGUCAAAGCUCAAUAGUUCUAUCACACUUCUGGAAGAACAUUUCGUACAUUUUAGCCGUGGUGGGCCUCGCACAUCUGCUCAAUGGAAUCUGGCAAACAACAAGAGUGGUUUUCACACCCAAGAACACGGAUGAGAGAAUUUCGCAUUCAGAUCCAUAUCCUGACACAGACUAUCCGCUCAGGCCUGCAACCGAGCCUUGGGAUAUUUCUCAAUCGUACGAAUAUUCAAGAAACUUCACAAAGACUGUUUCGAAUGGAACUUGGCUCCGCAUCACCACUCAUCCGAUCAAAGAUGAAAUUGUUUUCGACAUGCUCGGAGAUUUAUACUGCAUGUCAUCUGGUGAAACUUCGACGACGUACUCGGCACGAAAGGCGCAUGCAUUUCUCACCGGAGUUCCUUUUGACAAGGAAGCGGAAUUCUCAUCUGACGGCACGCAACUUGUAUUUAUAUCAGAUGCGGGAUUUGGUGUUGACAAUAUCUGGACGCUGCCCUACACUUCUUGCGACGAGAUGGCCCAGGUUGCAUCGGAUGAGACGAGAAAGUUUACCGUUCAGCAGACCAACUCGACCUUCAGGUUCUUUUCAAGUCCGGCGUUUCACCCUACGGAGCCCAAGAUUAUUGCUACGAAAUGGUACUUGACUGGUCGACCUAAUGGGGCCGGCGAGAUAUGGGAAAUUCCUUUGCUCCAACGGACUCCGGAGAUACUUCCAAAUCAUGGCGGCAAGAGACUCAUUGCUCGACAGAUUCCAGCCUCCUGGCCGCGAGAGAAGUAUUUCGAAAGUCAACUUGGAGCUGAGCAAGCGAGGUACUCUGCAGACGGGAGUGCAGUCGUCUUUACUCGCAACUCAAAAGAUAAGCAAUCUGGGAAAUUCUCAUACAACAAGGACGUUCAUGCCGGUAUCAAUGCCGUUUAUUCCCUGGAUCUCUCCAAUAGUCAUGUCACGGAGCUCGUGGCAGCCGCAGCGAGCGCUCCAAACCAGCCUGCCAGUCCCGGCGGUGCAAGCAUGCCACGACUCUCUCAUGACGGCAAGACCUUGGCUUUUGUGCGUCGCGUCGACGACAAGAGCGUUUUGGUUUUGAAACAUAUGGAGAGCGGCACCAUUCACUAUGCUUGGGAUGGAUUGACGUACGAUCUCAGCAUGAUCCCGGCAUUUAUGGGAGCUUACCCGAAUUUUGGCUGGGUUGCGAAUGAUACAGCGCUGGUCAUAUGGGCCCAAGGCCUCAUUUGGCGGGUUCCCGUCGCACUUGACGCCCUGGGCGAGCGAGUUGGAAACGGCGCACCAUUUGCUUUACCAUUCGAAGCGUCUAUUGAGCUUGAGCUUGGUCGGACCAGGUACUCUACCAGAGACAUCCGGGAGGCUGAACUAGCUCAGACUGGGACAGUCACGUCGCUACACGGACUUCGAAGUAACGAGGCUGGCGAUUCUGUCGUGUUCGAGGCCGCAGGAGAUAAUUAUAUGGCAUCUCUCGACAGCCAAUCAGAUCGUCCCACUAUCACAGCUCUGGAAAAGCCUAAUAAGCAUACCUCUUGUUAUGCACCCUCUUUUGUACAUGGCAGUCCAUUCCUACUGCAGGCCUGCUGGAAUGCACGAAAUCUGACCAGUUUCCAUUUGUUACACCACUUGAAAGGUUCUAUUAUCAAGGUUCACGGACUGCCAAGAGGGAGAUAUGUAUCACCCGUCAGCAAUGGCCUUUACAUUGCUUACGUGCGUACGGGAAAGGAUUACAUGUUUGGCGACGUGGAAGAAACCUUUGGCGAUGGAGUUUGGAUUGGUCGCCUAACACUCCCUGGUGAGACCCUGGCGCGUCCCACCAUAUCAGACCUGGAGCAUAUUUCUUCGAUUCAAACCAGCCAUGAAACGAAGCUGGACAUUUCGAUGAUCAAUGGACAACCUACCUUGAUUGUACAGAACCCAAACAAAAUUGUCCUGCAUGGAAUACAAACCGGUGUAGAAAGUGUUCUGGUUACAGGGAGAACAACGGUUGAGAUGACCGCCUUGCCUGCUACCAAGCAGCACCUGGUCGCCUUUCGAGAUUUCCAGCAUGUGUGGUUCUCAUAUGAUGGCAAUAUGCGUUCUCGUGCUAUAUGGAGCAAACCUGGAGACGUUGAUACUCCCAGUGGCCUGGUGCGAUUGACAGAGACUGGUGGUCAUGAUGUGACGAUCAGUGGGGACGGGAGAAGGAUAUUCUGGCUCAAUGGCCCCACGCUCGAGUAUGUGGACGUUGACAAUGUUGCAACAGCAUGUAGGAUGGCUCCUUCGGAGUUGCGUGACUGUGGUGCAUGCAGUCGACCCUGGGUACGCAAACACCAUCUGAAUAUUCGAUAUCAGACGACCACUGGCGCGCAGGCCAUAUCGACUCAGGGACGAGCGUUUGCCAUUGUCAAUGCAACAGUUAUUAGCAUGAGUACAACGUUCCCAAUGAUUUUGAAGAAUGCAACCAUUAUUAUUCAAGCUGGGCAGAUCAUCGAUGUAGGAGAGAGUAUACACACGAGUCUUCCUAAGGAGACAGACUUGCACGAUGCAGAAGGUGGCGCGGUUCUGCCCGGCUUCAUUGACAUGCAUGGACAUUGGGGUGGCUUCCUUUCACCCUAUCCGCAGCCAUCAUGGGAGAUGGAGACAUUCCUUGGGUACGGUGUAACAACCAUACACAACCCAUCGUCCAAAAAUGUCAAUGGCAUGGUCGAGCGUCAUCUGAUAGAGAAGGGGCGCAUGUAUGGUCCGCGCGUCUUCCAUACGGGCGACGUACUAUACGGCUCUACUCAACCGUCCGUUUAUACCGAGAUCAAUUCAAGGUCCGACGCCCGAGAUGCUCUCAUGCGUGUCAAAGCCGAAGGCGGCAGUUCUUCAUUUUCUGUCAAGAACUACCAAAUUGCCCCUCGUUCAGCCCGUCAGAGACUUUUGUUCGAAGCAGCUGAUCUGGACAUGCUGGUGUUGCCCGAGGGCGGCUGGUCUCUCGACUGGGACCUGACGUAUUUCAUUGACGGCUACACCACGCUCGAGCAUCCCGUGCCGGUGCCAGAGCUCUACGACGACGUGAUUUCGCUGAUUGCAGCCAGUGGAAGUUCCUAUACCCCGCUUGCCGUCAUGAAUUAUGGUGGCAUCUUUGGGCAGCAUUGGGUUCAUCAGAACCAUGAUAUUCAACAGGACAAGAAGCUUAGGAAUUAUGUCAAACAUGACAUACUUGAGUCUUUGACUGAAGUGAAGAAGGCCCCAAUGAGCUCAUACCAGUUCUUCAACACCACCAAGUCGACAGCCGAGGUCGCCCGCCGUGGUGUUCGGACAAAUGUCGGUUCCCACGGCGAACAGCCGAUUGGAUAUUUGUUUCACUCGGAGAUGCACAUGAUGGCACUUGGUGGCCAGAAGCCAUACGACGUCUUGCGUCACGCCACAAUGGGUGGCGCAAUAUCGUUGGGGCUACAAGCGGCCAUUGGAUCAAUUGAGCCGGGAAAGCUGGCAGACUUGGUGAUAUAUCCAGCUGGCGUGUCUACAGUAGAAGCAGUUUUUAACUCGAGCAUGCACAUGAAAAACGUGAUGAGCAGAGGGACCCUUUUUGCCGUCGAAGAGGGGCUAGUGGAAAUAUGGCCGAGAAAGGGCAGACGACAGACAAGGACAAGACUCAAUCCGGACAAUGACCUGUAG